AUGUCGACAUCAUCAAUACAAGUGCUGGGCAUCUCCACCGAGGACUUCGACCAGGACUCCCAGUGGAAGGGAAAAUCAAACCCAGCCUUUAGAGUUCACGGUCGGGUGAACGUCUAUGAUCAAGAUGGAUCUUUCGAUAUGGUUCGAAUCAACGUGAAGGGUGCCGUCAAAACUCGAAUUGGUUCAAUGAACGCAAUCGAACCACUACCAACCUCGACGUUGACGAAAAGCCACCUCGAUUUCAAGCCUACGUACUCUGCAUCAGGGCAUGGUGCCGAGGAACAACAUCUUGAUUUUGUGAUGCCGCUGCCUAGCAGAACUAUUGGUACUCAGCGAAAUAACGUCAAGGAUGCCAAAGCAGGCCCAACGGAUACAUUCGUGCCCUCGUUGUCCCUCGCUGCUCAAACGUACAUCACUCGAGUCACGGCAUUGAAAGACCGGCAUCUCAUGGAGGGCAACUGUCAAGUGGUGUACUGGCUGGAAACCGAACUCUUGCGAUCGGAAACCGACAGAGUGGUGCGCAAGAUGUCGUGCCCGAUCGAUGUAUCAUCACUGCAUGUGCCCUUAGAUGUGGAGGUACAAGUACCCAGUGAGCAAAAGCGAGUCGAGCAAGUCGUCAAGUCCAAAUCCCGAGGAUUGGCCAAAGUCUUCAAUUCGGUGCCUCGACCACAACUAUCGGUCACAAUGCCGAGUCAACUUGGAACAAUCUCCUCUGGCUCAGCCAAGCUCGCGACGGCGAGCCGUAAGCUCUCCAUCCCAGUCACCGUCUCCCUUGACCUGCCGCUUGGAACAUCACAGCAGACUCUGGCUGCAGUGGAGAACGGCACACUCCAAUGCUCGCUCAAAGCACACUGGUACACCCGCAGGACAUUUGCAAUCACCCACCUGUCACACUUUGCAGGCAAGCCCAUGAACCCCGAAACCGUCAUCCGCAGCACCACGGUGUCCUCGCAGAAACUCCAACUCAGCCUCCCUCCUCUCUACCACCUAGCCUCGACCUCAGGGGGCCACAGCACCAGCGCCUCGAAAUACUCAACGUCGAUGAUGCUAGACCUAACACUCCCGGAGUCAGUGUCAAGCCCAUCCGUGUCGACCGAGCUACUGGACAUCAGCUACACGCUGGAUCUCUCGAUGAGAUUCACCUUCUAUAACAACAGGAAUAAUAACCAGGACUCCAUCUUGCGCCCCUGCAGCGCAGACUUCCACCUGCCGGUUACGCUGACCGCCGCACAGCCGGCGACCAUGCUCAAUCUCCAGCAGCUGGACCCUCUCUCGGGUCUGGUUGAACGGGGCCUAGUUCUGGCCCCUCCUCCUUACAUUUCAUGA